UUCUUGCAGAAAUAUCUGGAAUAAACAAGGACAUCCUGUUUUGCCAUCAUCAAAAUUCCGAAUCUCAAUCAUGCAGAGUUUGCACGUUAAGGAAUACGGUCCACCGUCUUCAAAGAAAAAUAGCCUUAAUAUGGAAUCGAGCGGAAGACAGGUUCGUCUGAGCGAGGACACGCUCCAGGAGCACGACAAGGCUGUGGGAGCGCGGGCCCAGGGUCCCAGGCGACAGUCAAUCGUCUCAUCCGACUCCAUGAACGACCCCAAUAAACUUAAAAACUAUCUCGGGCGGCGGCGGUCAACCGUCAAGAGCCUGAAUCAGUCAAUCAGCAUGAUGAGGCGCAUGAGCAUCAAGCCAAAACUAGAGGAACCACCGCAGCCGAAGUUUUUGUAUGAGAACACCUUCCGUAUGGACCCCCAAGAUGACACCAAGUUCCAGCCACACAGAGUAGAGCCGAUUGUUGACAGUGUCUUUAAAAUGUAUCUUGAUGACCAAGAUUACGAUCAAAAGAUAUGUAGCACACUGGCCUGUGAUUUGGCGCAGAUUAUAAAGAACCGGGUGAAGGACUUGGAGUUCCCUCGCUAUAGGAUUGUGUGCAAUGUGAUGAUUGGGCAGAAAAAGGACCAGGGGAUUGAGGCAUCGAGUCGGUGCGUAUGGGAUCAAAAACAGGACAACUAUGCAUGUGUUUACUAUCAGAAUCCGAGCAUUUUUGCGGUUGCAAUGGUACAUGGAGUAUACUUUGAGUGAUACGUGCACUGUACUGCAUGCGACGUCCGUGUUUUAUGGAGUGUACCUUGAGUGAAACAUGUACGUAAUGACGUACAAUGUAGUAUGGCGUACCCGUUGAGUAAUGCGUAUACGCUAUGGCUUCCGUGGUUAAUGGCGUACACGCUGAGUGAUGCGUGUACACAAUGACUUCCGUGGUUGGCGUACACGCUGAGUGAUGUGUGUACACUAUGACUUCCAUGGUUUGCGUAUACGUUGAGUGAUGACUUCCGUGGUUAAUGGGGUAAACGAUGAGUGAUGCGUGAACACAAUGACUUCCAUGGAUCAUGACGUAUACAUUGAGUAAUGCACGUUCACUAUAUAUGACAUCCGUUGUUUAUGGCGUAUACAUUGAGUAAUGCACGUGCACUCUACAACAUCCGUUGUUCAUAGAGUGUACUAUUAUAUGAUGCAUGUGCACUACAUGUAUAUGACAUCCGUGGUAUAGAGUACACAUUGAGUGCUAUGUGUUGACUAGGACAUCUGCGGUUAAUGGUGUAUACGUUGUGUGAUGCGUGAACGCUGUGACAUCCGUGGUUCAUGGUGUGUACGUUGGGACUUCAUGCAUGUGUGUAAAAUGGUUGAUCAGGAAGACAUGAGAUGGACACUCUAUUUAUCAGUAACUAACUUCUGAUCACACCACCAGCAACUUCGCCGGAUGCGAUUUUUUCUGUUUCAACCAAAUACAGCUGUAGGGAAUACUCCAAACAAGAGUAAAUGGAAGCAAAUCGAUAAAGAAUCUUACAGCGCAGUGUGUAAAAGUUUCAAAGCGAUAAAAAACGUAGUAACUCCACGGUGAGUUCAUUUGCACAAGAUCACUCAAUUAUUUUGAUAAAAAUUAAUGGACAAUCAAAACUAUGCAUCACGAACAUUGGAGUCUUUAGGCAGGAGCCAGGUAGGUCAGACGUUGUUUCACGAAGUCGCCAAUGGGGGCUCUCAGUCGCCAAUAUGAUGCCAUUUCAUUCUAGAGGCAACAAUGUUCAAGACGUAUUGAUGUACAUUUGUAUAUCAUAUGUUUCUUUGCCUUCUCACUCGCCGUAUGAACUCUGGCACUACGCACUUUCGGUAUCCUCCUUCGGUGUGGGCUGAAGGGCCUACAGGUAGGCCGACAUCCUACCAGUUAGGUAGUUUUUAAUUGACCUUACGCUUUCACCAAAUAUUCUGU